AUGGUAGUUAUACCGCAGGCGAAUAACGUCAUGAACAGUACGUCGACAAACUUCAGUGAUAAUUACGAAGUCAAGGAGGAGCUUGGAAAAGGUGCUUUUUCGGUAGUACGACGAUGUGUACAGAAACGAACUGGCAUGGAGUUUGCUGCAAAAAUCAUUAAUACGAAGAAACUUUCCGCACGUGAUUUUCAAAAAUUGGAAAGAGAAGCUCGAAUAUGCCGCAAGCUACAGCAUCCUAAUAUCGUGCGAUUACACGACAACAUACAAGAAGAAGCUUUUCAUUAUCUUGUUUUUGAUUUAGUGACAGGUGGCGAACUGUUCGAAGAUAUAGUUGCUAGAGAGUUUUAUAGUGAAGCGGAUGCCAGUCACUGUAUUCAACAAAUUCUGGAAUCAAUUGCCUACUGCCACUUGAACAAUGUGGUACACAGGGAUCUCAAGCCUGAAAAUCUCUUACUUGCAAGCAAAGCGAAAGGUGCAGCAGUGAAAUUAGCCGAUUUUGGGCUUGCAAUUGAAGUACAGGGAGAUACGGAAGCAUGGUUCGGUUUUGCAGGCACACCCGGGUAUUUAUCACCAGAAGUGCUCAAAAAAGAUCCUUAUGGAAAACCAGUCGAUAUAUGGGCAUGUGGAGUUAUCCUCUACAUUCUUCUUGUUGGUUAUCCACCAUUUUGGGACGAAGACCAACAUCGUUUAUAUGCACAAAUAAAAGCGGGUGCUUAUGAUUAUCCAAGCCCUGAAUGGGACACAGUUACUCCUGAAGCUAAGAAUUUAAUCGACAAUAUGUUAACGGUUAAUCCAAAAAAACGAAUAACUGCAGAACAGGCUUUAAAAGUUCCAUGGAUUUGCAAUCGUGAACGUGUUGCUUCCGUAAUACAUCGUCAAGAUACGGUGGAUUGUUUGAAGAAAUUCAAUGCUAGACGAAAACUAAAGGGUGCGAUACUUACAACGAUGAUUGCAACACGAAAUUUAUCAAGUGAGUUCUUCUAA